AUGAUUAAUUUUUUUGGAUGUGAAUUAUUAUUAGAUGGAAUCCAAAUAGAGGGAAUCAUUUUAUUACCUAUUAUAAAAGUUUAAGAUUCAAAAUAGAUCACAUUAAUAAAUAUGAAAUUUAUUCAUAUCUUAACAUUUUAUCCCUUGAAUUUAAUAGAUAUUUUAUAUAUUAAUGAAAUCACAAUAUCAAAUUAUAAUGAAUUAGUUUUAAAGAAAGAGAAUUUAAAGUUUUUUUAUUAUAAUCACAUUCAAUUAGAAUUUGCUUAAUGUAGAUUUCACAGUAAAUAUUAUGUACACUCUAAAAUAUUAUUAAAAAUAAAAUAAAAAAAAAUAUUUAUUUAAAUCAUAACUUAACAGAUUUAUCAAGAGGAAACUGUGUAAAAAUUUUUUGAUGAAAUUCUUGCUUAUUCAGAUUAAAAAGAGUCUUUCAUCAAAUUAAAAAGUGUUACAAAUCAAACUAAAAUAUUUCUGAAAAAGGUUCUAUUAAUAAAUAGCAAUUCUUAAAAUUGUUGGAAUGGUUUGCUUUUCUUAUAAUUAGAAUAUUAGAAUUAUCAUGUAUACAGAAUGCUAUUAAAAUUAUGGUUGUCUAUGGGCAAAAUCAGAUUAAAGAAUUGA